AUGUAAGAGAAAUAUUCGGUACCGUCCUGUAGCGUGAACAUAAGAUGUACUGCAGCUGAUGUGUCUCUAGAUGAGUGGAAAUUUACUCGACUGGACUUCUUCAGGAUUUGAAUUGUUCUCGGGGAAAAGUCAAGAUGUCUGUGCGUUUUUACGAAAUAAGCAGUAAACUGCUGGAGGAAACCGUUGGGAAAGUGAGCGACAACUUGACCUCGGUUGUUCUGGCAGCCUCCGUCAUUACUCUAACCAUUGGAUAUAUCUCUAAGCUGCUGCUGAAACAGUCCACUGAUGAGGACCUGAAAUACCCACCAUACAUUCCCUCCAGUAUCCCAUUUCUAGGCCAUGCCAUUGCCUUUGGGAAAAGUCCUAUUGAAUUUCUUGAAAAUGCAUACGAAAAAUACGGCCCUGUGUUCAGUUUCACCAUGGUUGGGAGCACGUUCACCUACCUGCUGGGCAGCGACGCCGCCACGCUCAUGUUCAACAGCAAGAACGAGGACUUGAAUGCUGAGGACGUUUACUCCAGACUCACCACCCCAGUUUUUGGUAAAGGGGUCGCCUACGAUGUCCCUAAUCCUAUCUUUCUGGAACAAAAGAAGAUGUUGAAGACUGGACUGAACAUCGCUCGUUUUAGGGAACAUGUAAAAAUCAUUGAGGCAGAAACCAUAGAGUAUUUUCAGAGAUGGGGAGACAGUGGGGAGAGAAAUCUGUUUGAGGCUCUGUCUGAGCUCAUCAUCCUGACAGCCAGCAGCUGUCUUCAUGGCAAAGAGAUCCGCAGCAUGUUGAAUGAGAGAGUGGCCCAGCUGUAUGCAGACCUGGACGGAGGAUUCAGUCACGCUGCCUGGCUGCUGCCAGGCUGGCUGCCACUGCCCAGCUUCAGGAAGAGGGACAGAGCGCACAGAGAAAUCAAGAACAUCUUCUUCAAGGUGAUACAGAAGCGCAGACAAUCUGGAGAGAAGGUGGAUGACAUCCUGCAGACCCUCGUUGAUGCCACAUACAAAAACGGUCGUCCGCUCAACGAUGACGAGAUUGCAGGAAUGCUGAUCGGUCUCCUCCUGGCGGGUCAGCACACGUCCUCCACCACCAGUGCCUGGAUGGGUUUCUUCAUGGCCAGAGACAAAGCUCUGCAGGAGCGCUGCUAUGCUGAGCAGAGAGCUGUAUGUGGAGACGAACUGCCUCCAGUAGACUUUGACCAGCUGAAAGAUCUGAACUUGUUGGAGCGUUGUUUAAAGGAAACUCUUCGACUUCGCCCACCCAUCAUGACCAUGAUGAGGAUGGCUCGCUCUCCUCAGAUUGCAGCAGGAUACACCAUCCCUGUGGGCCACCAAGUCUGUGUCUCCCCAACUGUCAACCACCGUCUGCAGGACACGUGGGUGGACAGGAUGGAGUUCAACCCUGAUCGCUACCUCAACGACAACCCGGCUGCAGGGGAAAAGUUUGCCUAUGUGCCGUUUGGAGCUGGCCGCCAUCGUUGUAUUGGGGAGAACUUUGCCUACGUCCAGAUCAAAACCAUCUGGUCCACUUUACUGCGCAUGUAUGAGUUUGACCUGGUGGACGGAUAUUUCCCAACAAUCAACUACACCACAAUGAUUCACACGCCUCACAACCCUGUCAUCAAAUACAAGAGGAGGAAACAGUGAGGGAGAAUAACAGAGGAGUGAACACACAAGGAAGCAAACAUCAACGUUUGGAGUGAAGCUCUGACUUUCUGAGACAUAAGUUUAGACAAAUGCACUUUGCUCAGCUUACAUGUCAACACUUUUAUUUGUUUUUCUCUGAAUGUAAACAGCAAUUUCUUGGGCUUAUCACAUAGUAAGAAACUUGAAUGGACAAAGAUGCUAAUGUUCACGGUGGGAACAAAGUGAAAUGGUCCUUCAUGGUGUAAAGCAGAAGUUGUCUGAAGAAGCCUUUGAGGUAGAGAAAGUUUAAUCAGAAAAAUCCAGCAGCUGCUUUAAAAAACUUGACUCCAAAAGCUUAAAAAUGGGAACAAUUUGCUUCUUUUAAACGUGAUUACUGGUAGAUCAUGUGUUGCAUUAAACAUGGUGAAUAAACUUGAUGAGAGCAGAGACAGCCAAGGUCAUUAGUUUAACUGUAAUUGGCUGCAGUCAGCAAGUGAAACCACUAAAUAUGUCUGUAUAUGCUGUUCAGACCCACUUUGUAUAUGCUGGCAUGAAAUUUAGAGAAAACUUUGAUGGCUUUUCAGAGGCUCAGGAUACUCCCCUCCACUAGGUUUCAUGAAAUCUGUCCUGUAGAUUUCACAUAGUUUCUGUAAUAAAUAAUCAAUAUCAUCAAAAACAUAUUUUUAGUAGGAAAGUAAAUGUAAACAACAGCAACAAGCACUCACCUGAUACAGCUGUGGUGAUAUGUCACAACGCUGUCCAAGAUUAAAAUGUUCUUAAAAUAAAACAAAAAAUAAUAAUUCUGAGGUCAGGGCUGUCCAUGCUGCAGUCAGAAUCAAGUAGCAUUCAUUAGAAGCUGAUCUGGAUUACUUUUAUUGAAGAGCUCUUAAGAAGCUUUUGUGUGAUCAGAAAGUUUUGAUCUCUUUGCACAGGCUGUUUAGUUUUUCAUGUCUUUUGUCCUAAAUAAAUGUUGGUUAGUUUUUCCAUUAUCUGUUCUUUUGUUCAAGUGAAAUACUGAGUAUGUUGCACAUUUGAAUUCAUGAUUCCUCCUUUCAAUAAAGAAACUUUCAAAGGACUUUUCUCCCGGAUCAGGGAUGGGCAACUUUAAUUACUGUGGGUGCUACAUUUGUUUUAUUCUCCCCUUUCUGGGGACCAAAUUAUUAAAAUAGGAUGAGCUUAAUUAGGCCAUUAUAAUCACUUAGAAUGCAAACAAAAAACAAACAUAUAGCUUGCAGCAGAGUUUAUUCUUAUAACAUAUUUUAUUAACCUUGCAAAGCAGAUGGAUUCACCCGUUUCCAUGUUUCUUACAAACCCAUCUGGCAUGUCAGGUUAAUGUUUUAUAGCUUUUCAUGCAAACAGUAAACCUUCAUUUCAUGAGCUAAACACAAAAACAAAGCCAAGAUAAGAUACUUUUUCAAUGCAACAAUUAUGGCAUUGAGUGGUUAUUUAUGUAUGUUUAACUCACAUUUAUAUUGUUUUCAUGUGCAUGAACUGAGCAACUGGGGGGAGAAUGGCCUUAGUAAGAGAGGUGACCACAAACCUGAUGGUCACUCUUGACUGAGCUCCAGAGAUCCUGUGUGGAGAUGGCACAAAGUUCCAGAAGGACAAACAUCACUGCAGCCCACCCCUGAUCAGGGCUUUAUGGGAGGGUGGCUAGAUGGGGCUCUCUCCUCAGUGCAAAACGCAUGAAAGCCUGUUCGGAGUUUGCAAAGAAGCACCUGAAGGACUUUCAGACUGUGAGAAACAAGAUUCUCUCAUCUGAUCGAACUGUUGGGCCUCAAUUCUAAAUGUUAUGCCUGGACAAAACCAGGCAUCACCAGGCCAAUGCCAUCACAGCAUUGAAGUAUGGUGGUGGCAGCAUCAUGCUGUGGGGUUGGAGACUGGUCAGGGUUGAGGGAAAGCUAAAUGGGGCAAAGUUCUGAGAUAUCCUCAAUAAAAACCUGUUCUGCAGCACCCAGGACCUCAGAUUAGGUAGAAGGCUCAUCCUCCAAUAUGACAAUGACCCUAAACACACAGCCAAGACAAUACGACUGGCUUAGGUACAACUCUGAGAAUGUCCUUGAGUGGCCUAGCCAGUCCUGGCCUGAAUCCUAUUAAAAAAUCUCAGGAGAGACCCAAUAAUAGCAGUCCAGCGCCUGCCCCAUCCAGCCUCAGUGAGCUUGGGAGUAUUUGCAAAGAAAAAUGGCAGAAAAUUCCCCAAUUCAGGUGUGCAAACCUUGUGUCUUAUUCAAAAAGAUAUGAGGCUGUAAUUGCUGCCAAGGGUGCACCAACAAAGUACUGAUUAAAGGGUCUGAAUACUUAUGUCAAUGUGAUAUUUCAGUUUUUUCUUUUCA